AUGGACAUCCUGGACGGUAUCAAUGCCAUCCUGACCCCUUUCAAGGCGCUGAAGAACACACUGGAGGCGCUGGUGGCCAUCGAAAAGGGGUACGGCUACCUGUGCGAUCGCAUGGUGUUCAUCGGCGAGGCCGUCGACAAGAUCCGGGUGCACCCGGGCUUUCAGGGGUUGGGCGGCGACAGGCUGACGUGGCUGAAGAUGGGGGGCAAGCUGGCGUCGGCGAGGGACCUCAUCGCGAAGAUCAAGGACAUGGAGGAGAACCCUUCGCAGUCGCCUCUGACGCGGGCCAAGAGGGUGGCGGAGAAGUGGAUCGGCGCCAGGAAGGUGCACGCGCGGCUGAAAGAAGUGCAGGGCUUCCUGGACACGGUGGUCGCAGGGCUGACGUUGGCCCAGGUCUUGGCCACGGGCGUCACAGUUGCCGAGCUCUCCAACAACGUGGAACAAAUUCGAUGUGUCCUCGAUAGAGGCUGGAAACAAGGACAGGGGGAGCCUCAGGGAGAGUUCAGAUACAACAAGAACAUCCUCGAGUUCCUCCGCACGCAAAUUGCCCCCGUCAAGCAGCUCAAAUCGUCAACUUCGUCCCAACCGGCCGAGAUGUCCGCCGACGACUGGCAGCGGUCCCUCGAGGCCGUGGACCAGACCCUCAAGCUGGCAGAAGUCCUCAUGGAGCGCCACUGCACCCCCUUCGACCUUCAGACCUUUUACCGCGUCUCCGAGGCUCGGCGAGGCGUGGAGAUGAUCUGCGGCAACCUUGCUGCCUUUUGCGCCGCUCUGGGCUCUCCUUCGGCCGUCCAGGAGCGCAUACCGGACGACCUGGUGGCUGCCGAUCGGCGGGACCUGCACAGGCGGCUGGACUUCGUGCUAAACGGCGGGGAGAUGGAGGGCGGGCCGACGGGGGAGUGGGAAGUCGUCAGGCGGCAGCACGAGGCGCGCGUGGCGGGGCUGCAGGUGGUGGAAAAUUCACACUCUGACUUACAGUUUGAAUCGCUAGGUCACAUUGCUGGAAAGAUCUGA